UUCUGCGCCAUCGUCAGUCCCGUCUUACUUUCACUUUUGUUUCCUGUCCUUGGGAGCCGCAGCUGCUCUGUGCGUAUUCUCACUUUAGGACACCUCGACAGCAAAGUACAGCGUACAGCAAAGAAGUACUCAACAGGGAGUGAUCGUUUUACCCCAACUAUUGGCUCAUUUAAUAUAAUAUUAGCUACUUUGUUUACCGAUAUUCUCUUUCCAAACCGUGAGGUCAUGGCGGAUAUCUGCAAUAACCGCCCGGUUAAUGGCCAGGAGGGCGGGGGUGUGCAGGAGGACACCGAAGACACAGAGGAAGCAAAGAAAGAGUUGGAGACUUGGAAGACUAAAGCAGAGAAAGCUGAUGAUGUGAAGGCCAGAAUGAUCUUGGAAAAACUGGAGGAAGAUGAAGCCAAGUCAAAGGCCCAGCAGGAGCUGGUGGCUCACGGUAAAAAGCAGGAGGAGUGUCAGAAGGAAUCCACUGAACGCAUAAAUGCAGUGCAGGUGGAAAUCUUGCGGCUUGCUGGGCGCAGACAGAAUUUGCUGGACAAACUAAAGGGAUAUCAAGCUGUGCUGGAAGCUAAGAGGGCCGAGUCCGCAAAACUGAAGCGCAGAUUCAAGAUCUAUACCCAGGUUCCAGACACAGAGGUAGAGUUCAAGGCUCAGAGUAAAGAGGAGAGGGAUGAGAACAGUCAGCCAAUCAGAGGAGUGUUUACCAUCGGCCAGAGACCCACCGUGCCCCUGCAGGGAGGACAGGCACUCAUCACCUUUGAAGAAGAAAAAGUGGCCUCUCAGAUCCUGAUGAAUGCCAAGUGCUCCGUAUCCUGUGGGAACAUCAUUUUGGAUAUUAAACCAAAAAGAAUAACCAUGGAUCCUACUGUUAAGUUUGAGGUCCACCUGGAUGUGUCCAGAAAAGAGCUCAAAGUUUCCGGCAUCCCCCGUAGCAUGCCAGAGGAGCGAAUGAAGGAGCGACUGGAGAUAAGUUUCUCCAGGCCCAGCAGGGGAGGAGGAGAGGUGGACAAAGUGCAGUACGACAGGAACACCGCGGCAGGAGUCAUCACUUUCCUCCACCCUGGAGUUGCUGAGAGCCUGGCCCUGAGAGGGAAGUACCGUGUGGAUCUGGACUCUGAAGUGACCGUGCAGGUUGGACCCAUUUACAAAUACCAGCUGUGCAAGUUCCAGACCUUCUGUGGCUCUUCUAGGCGUACCAUCCUCCUGGAAGACAUCGAGGACAAGGGGGACGAGGAGGACCUGCUGGACCACCUGGAGAUUUACUUCCAGAAACCCAGCAACUACGGCGGUGAGAUAAAGAGCAUCGAGUACACCCCCAGGGGGAAAACUCUGCAGGCCUUUUUCUCUGAGGACUCAGCUACUGCAGCUGCAACAUGAGCUCCUCCUCACUGAGUGUUUCUGUCAUCUGUGAUUCAUUUAAUUACAAAAUUCUAUCUGUAAUACAAGAAUAUGAUAUUGAAAUUUCAUUUAUUUGCUGUCCUGCUGAGAAUUAGAAGAGGAGAUUUGAUUUUAUGGGCAAGGCACGCUACAAUUAUCUGUAUGAUUUCCCUGACACAAAUAUGCAAAGUACAGCUAACCUCACAAUCACUGGGAUCACGUAUAUUCUGCUGAGAAAAUUGUGUUGGAGACAGUCUCUUUGAUUCCCUUCCAUUCAGUGUUUACAGGUGCUCACUUAAGAUAUAGCAGUGGCGGUCUGGGUAAUAUUAGGCUCACUGACCUUCCUGUUGUCACUGGUCAGUCUGUCUUUGUCUUCAUUUGUGGUCAUUAAAUAGUCUCAAUGCCAAAUCAA